GGCCAAACAAAAGAACGAGUUUUUCACCAGCAACCAAACAGUGCGGACGUGCGCGUCUCCAUCCAGCAAAGCCAGAGAUUUCAACUUACAGUGUCCUCCAGUUACUCUCUAUACACCCCCCCGUGUGUCCAUUAAAGCAAAGCAGAGAAAGGAAGUGACUGCAGCAAAUCAGGAAAAACAGGAGUCGUUGUUGUUGUGUCUACCAAUCCCCAUCGCAUCAUCACCCAGAAGCAAACAUGUCGGACGAUUACGACAAGUACGAUUUCGAGAUGGAGAAGCACAUCCACUCGGGGCACAGUGGCAAGCAGCGAAGCAAGAAGGAAGCCAGCGACCAUACCAAUCACUACGAUCCGAGCGGCCAUUCGCGCAAGAUUGUGACCAAGUUGAAAAACACGGAACAGAACAAGAAGUCGAGCCCGAAGUAGUCAGCAACCGCUUAGGAGAGGCCCAGAAGGAGAUCUCGUGAGUGCGUACGGGCGUGUGCUGCUGGCCCCAUUCGUCACCACCGCCGCCACCCGCAUGCGUCCCCCUUCAUCCAUCUGUUGGUGCAUCUGCUAUUUUUGCGUCCACUUGCGUCCCUCUCGCAGGAACCGUCAACGCGUGCGCGGCUCACGCGCCUGUCGUCGUCGUUACGGAACAACCACAAAUACCCCGAUACGCAAUAGAGAAUGACCCUGUGCAACAUCGGUUUGUGGAUGCAGCAAAGGGGAGGGGAGGUGGGUGAGACGCAAGACCCUUUGGAGAACCUUCGCCUUCGGUCGGUGCCAUGAUGGGAGAGUGUUAGCUGAUGCCCGUAUGCAGUCGUCCUUACGUCUUAGUUAUUAAGCAAGGCCAAAGCCACCGCCACCCUUUGCAACUGACGGUCAGUGUCCGUGUGUGUGCGUGCAAAGCGGUUGGUUGGUGUAACGGAGGCCGAAUCCCUGCUCCAACACUUUGUUUUAUGCGUAACAUUAAUCUUGUACCUUGUGUGUGAUCAAUAAUUAGCUGCAAGUUAUGUACUAUUAAAAAGUAAAUAAAGCAAUGAUAUUUUUAUCGUAA